AUUUGGAAUUUUGAAACCAUAUUAUAUUUGUGAACACACUUCAUUUGCGGCAUCGUUCUGUUUGAGCCUGUUUCUUUGCUUUGCUUAUUCUGUUCAGCAUUCGACGCGUGCAUCUUGUUACACUUCCUUCGACAUCAUCACGAACCAUCAUACCACCAUCUUCUCUCGCCUUCAUGCUUCACGCGCACUGCUGUACUGAUGGCGCGAUUCGGGAGACCUAAGAAUAUCAACUGCUUCUACUGUGGCAAGCGAGCUGCGUUCAAGUUUGAUGGAUCGAUUCGCGAAUUCCUCUGCCUGAAAUGCGAUGCGACCAACUACCUAGAUCAGAACGGCGAGAUUACAGACCCUCCUGUUGCUACGGAACGAGAAGCUCCUCCGACACAAUACAUCACGCAGACCUCAGCGAGGCAGUCUUCCGCGCCGGAUAGCGUCUUCUGCGAGACUUGCCUCAAGAACCAGCGGCUGUUUACUGCGUCAUUGGCGCAGUAUCUCCCCGACGAUCCGAACCACCCUGAUUACGCAGAACUCGAUCGCAACUAUUAUAAAUACAGACGCAGCUUGGAGAAGCGGUAUCCUCAAGUAUGCGAGGAAUGCGACGAAAGGGUCCAGCAGCGCAUCAAGCAGGCUGGCUACACUGCCCGAACCGAUCAUCUGCGUCGCAUGAUGGAUAGGACCCGUGGACGCAAGGUUACAAAGACUUCGAGUUCCCUCGACUGGGUCAAUUCCACCGGCAGGUCUCUCUGGGUCACUGGCCUGUUGACUGAACUAUUGUGGCAUCUGGUGCAUAUAUCGGCUGCGCUAGAACACCAGAGCGAUGGCAUGUACGAUCCUGACGAUUCGAGCAUAGACACCAAGGCCGUUGCUGCCCUGCGUAAUGCUGUUGCGCUGCUACCAGAUCAAGACGUCUUGAUUAGGACGAGUAUCACGGCUGGCAUACUAUGCGUCUGGUGGAAUCCCCAUUUCGUCCAAGUCAAUCGUGGAUUCACCAGGCACAUUCUCGGUCUCACCCAGUGGUACUCGUUUCAGGGCCUUAUUAUCUUCUUUCGAAUUCUGUCGCGCGGUGUUUCGUCCAUUGAGGCUGGAGAUGCAAGACCCAAGUCUGCCCAAAUAGCCGUACAUGCCGUCACCGCGGCUGUGAUGAGCCUUAUGUAUAUUCUCGCAUCACGAUCCGUCAAAAUUGACAUGACACCACUAUUUAAAACCGAAGAGACAACACCGUUGCGACGCAAGAAGAUGUCGCCUGAGAAGCGCAAGGAGGACGACUCAAAGACAUUUUCCGAACUAUUCAGCGAAGCGCUCGAUUCUACUCCCACAAAACACAAUACCAUUACGGCAAAUAGCAGCCCCAUUCAGCUAUUUGCCUCCAAUAGCCCAUUCAACAGCCACUCUCCGAAUGGCUUCCAGACUUCUUUCAGCGACCCAACACUUCUCAACUCGCAGGCCCCGCCACCUCAGUACGAGGAUGAAAUGGACUGGUCCCCAAGCCAUACAUCACCGUAUCGAGCAUUGCAAUCGUCGCCACAAAGACCACAAACAAGAGGCUCCUUUGGAGAGGCGCCGACGCAAGCGAAUGGCAAUACCUUUUGGUACAAAGUCCCUCCGGCGCCAACGAACCCUGCCCAAAGACAUCGAAACCCACCAAACAAGCCAACAUUGCGCAAAAAGAUGGCAUCUGAAGAUGUCUUCUUUAGCAGUGCGAUGAAGCAAAACGCAUCAUCAAAUGUGGCAGCGGAUCGCGCAGAUGUGACUUUCAAGAACCCUAGCUUCUUUGCCAAGCAAGAAAACGACGAGGCUAGUUCCCUCGCAGACUUGCUCGGUCAGAGCUUUAGUCUGAGCCAGGAUGCUUCGAACGACGCUAUCAAAAAGAACGACAAGCCGUCGUUUUGGAGCAACAGCAAAUCCUCCUCGGGCCAGAAACCGGUAGCAAGAGGAAACUUGAAGCUGGUCGCGCUGCUAGUCUCCUUGCUGGCAUGGCUGGCAGUAUCAUUUAUUCAGCUUCCCUACGAGCUCCAUGUCCAGGUCACCGUGUUGGUUGUGGCUGGUGCCAUCGCCCUGAGCAGUACUAGCGAUGGCAAUAGCCAUCCUACAGCAAAGGCGGAGAGCGGGCCGAUCUUGGCGGGUAUAAUGUUGGCAGUGCUUGGUGUAAUUGAACUCGGCGCCUCGUGUUGGUUGGGCUGGCAGUUGUGGUCGGGCCGGCAGGAUAUCUCUAUUCAUGGGAUGGUGUUAUUGGGAGGCAUGAUUAUACACCAGGCAUGGAAAGCGGCCAAGGCAUAGAGUGUCUUUUUUUAUAAUAUAUCGUGCUAUUGGACACUGCAUGACUGGUAAUGACAGCUAGAUGAAUAUAUGGAACAGGAAUUAAUAUAUAUACUUUGCUAACCAUAGCACUAACUUAUGGCCCAGCUGCACCGAGCCCCAGGUGUUCAAGUUGUCUUGCUUUCGCUAGGGCUCUUCGAGUAAUUACUAUGCGUAAGGCAAGGGAAAAUACCGCCGUCAACAUGAUUCCAAACCCAGAGAAAAGCUGCACCCCUAGAUACGAUCCCGUAGCGUUGAUGAUGGAUCCCGAGAUGGGUGGUCCUACCAGGGACCCGAUACCCUUAAGAAUCGACACCAUGCCGAUUCGUGUUCCAAGUCGGCGCAGGUCCGGCGUAAUACUAGUCAGUACAACAGAGGCUAGUGACACCACACUCCCAGAGAAGAAGCCAUACAAGACCGCAAAGGAAAUGUUGCCAGCUGCGUUUUCGACACUGAUCCAGUAGAAGAUACAUGCCGAGCAGAGCCCACAUACGACAAUGAAGGUGUCCAGGCCACCAACUCGGUCUGCAAUCAUGGAUGGUAUUAUACGGCCGGGGAUUGUGCAUGCGUUGAGUAUUGAGAGGAUGUACAAGCCGCCAUUUGCUUCAGACAUGCCAUGCGACAAAGCGUAGCUCUGGACAUAGUAUGACGGGUUAAAGAAUGAUAUGUUGUUGAAGAAGAUUCCAACGCAAAACAAAAGAUAUGUUGUCUCUCUAAAUGCUGUCUUGUCGAUGAAAAAUUGAAGCGACAUGUUCUUCGAUUCAUGUGCAAUGUUGGCCCGGCGAAUGCGCGGCUGGAUGACGACAAACGCAAAUGCACACGUCACCAGGACAAUAAAGCCCAUGAUUCGGACAGCCCAUCCAAACCCAAGGCUUUUAUUAGCGGCCUGAAAUAUCAACGGAUAUACAGUUGCGCCUAGCCCGCUGCCAACAGUGGCGGUGGCCAUUGCUGUGGCUCGUCUUGUUCGGAAGUACAUUGGCACAAUAGCGAUGGACGGGAUAGAGAUGCAGCACAUACCCAGCCCAAUGCAGACGCCUUGUGCCAGAAUGACGUGCCAGUAUGUGGUGCUGAUGCUUGUGAGCAUAAACCCGCCUACUUCGAGGAGCGCCCCAGCAAAGAUCAAGGCUCGACAGUACCCGGCAUCGUAUAGUGGGCCAAUUACGACUCCGACUGCCAUGAGGCAAAAGACCUGGAUAGAUCCAAUCCAUGAGAUCGCUGCAGGGGAUGUUUUUUGUAAUAAAUGUGUUGUAUAAUAUGUUUGGAAGACACCAAAGCUUGUUAUCAGGCCU